AUGAAGACCAUCAUUUGCGAUGAAGCACGGGCGCUGUAUGGGGAUCUCCUGAAACAGAACCUUGGAACAUCGAUGGAGGAGACAUCAGCAGACGCAUUUAAAGCCAGUCGCGGCUGGUUUGGUAAUUUCAAGAAGAGGAUUGGUGUUCAUAGCGUCGUCAGGUAUGGAGAAGCAGCAAGUUCUGACACAGAAGCAGCUGAAGAUUUCGUGCGUGAAUUCCGUCAGCUCAUCGCAACCGAGGGGUACAUCGCACAACAGAUAUUCAACUGUGAUGAAACUAUCCUUUUUUGGGAAAAAAUGGCCAGAAGAACCUACUUCACUGCAGAAGAGAAGAAAAUACCAGGUCACAAGCUUAUGAAAGAUAGGUUAACUCUCGCCGUUUGUGCCAAUGCGAAUGGAAACUUGAAGAUUAAGCCGCUCCUUGUCUACCAUUCCCAAAAUCCACGCGCGUUCAAGUUGCACAAAAUCCCGAAGGAGAAGUUGAAGAUCGUGUGGAGGGCAAACGUUAAAGCCUGCGUACGCAAUUCUUCUCUGAGCGGGUCUGUCUUGUCUUCGGACAAGCAGUGA